AGACAAGGAAACGGAGCUCAGGGCAGCUAGCUGAAUCACAGGGCCACAGGGCUACUAAGCGAUGGAGGCGGGGUCUGAACUCAGGAACUGCUUGGAGAUGCUGUUAUGGCUGCUGCUGUCCCUGCUGCUGCUGCUAUCCCUGCUGCUGCUGCUGUCUCUACUGCUGCUGUUACCAUCAUUGGCCAUGCUCAGGCAGCCAUGGUCCCAGGACGCCAGGCUGUCAUGGCUUGCCAGCCUCCGGCACCGUGUGGCAUGGGGGGUCCUGGGCUGGGUGGCCACCUGGCAGCAGCAGAGACUGGAACAGAGCACACUGCACGUGGGCCAGAGCCAGCAGCAGGCCCUAAGGUGGUGUCUGCAGGGAACCCAGGGUCCCCGCUCUCCCCUCAGAAGAAGCACAGACAUAAGCACCUUCCGGAAUCAUCUUCCUCUAACCAAGGCCAGCCAGGCCCAGGAGCAAGACAGUGGGGGGAAACUCCUGCCCCCUAUCUCAAACCAGGACCACGGGGAGGCCUCUCUUCAGGCCACCUUGCUGGGUCUGGUAGCCCUACACAAGGCCUACCCAGAAACACUGGUUCCGGGAGGCACUGCUUGUGUGACCGCUACAUCCCCUUGGCCCAGCCCCCUCCCUUGGCCUGGACAUGUCCUGGGCCAGGUUAGCCCCCCUGGAGCCAAGGACCCUGGGGCCCUGCUGCUGGAGGCACUGAGGUCCCCAGAGCUGAGGGUGCUGGAGGCUGGGACGGCCGUCGAGCUCCUGGACGUCUUCUUGGGCCUGGAGGCUGAUGGCAAAGUGCUGGCUGAGGCAAUAGCUGCCGGGAACCCGGGAGCACCUCUCCCCAGACGAGCAGCGGAGCUGCAGGAGGCCCUAGAGCAGGGACCCCGAGGAUUGGCCCUUCGCCUCUGGCCAAAGCUGCAGGUGGUGGUGACUCUGGACGCAGGAGGCCAGGCCGAGGCUGUGGCUGCCCUUGGGGCCUUGUGGUGCCAAGGGCUAGCCUUCUUCUCUCCUGCUUAUGCUGUCUCUGGAGGGGUGGUGGGCCUCAACCUGUGGCCAGAGCAGCCCUGUGGGCUCUAUCUUCUGCCCCCUGGAGCCCGCUUUAUUGAACUGCUCCCAGUCAAGGAAGGAGCCCAGCAGGAGGCUGCCUCCACCUUCCUUCUGGCCGAGGCCCAGAAGGGCCGGGAGUAUGAGCUGGUGCUGACUGACCACAUCAGCCUUACCAGGUGCCGCCUGGGUGAUGUGGUACGUGUGGUUGGUGCCUACAAUCAGUGUCCGGUUGUCAGGUUUACCCGCAGGCUGGGCCAGACCCUGAAUGUGCGGGGAGAGGACAUCGGUGAGGACAUGUUCUCUGAGGCUCUGGACCGGGCCGUGGGGCAAUGGCCAGGGGCCAAGCUGUUGGACCAUGGCUGUGUGGAGAGCAGCGUUCUGGAUUCCUCUGAGGGCUCUGCUCCCCACUAUGAAGUGUUUGUGGAGCUGAGGGGGCUGAGGAAUCUGUCAGAGGAAAAUCGAGACAAGCUUGACCACUGCCUUCAGGAAGCCUCUCCCCGCUACAAGUCCCUGCGGUUCCGGGGCAGCGUGGGCCCUGCCAGAGUCCACCUGGUGGGGCAGGGGGCCUUCAGAGCACUCCGGGAAGCCCUCGCUGCCUGCCCCUCAUCCCCCUUCCCUCCUGAAAUGCCCCGGGUCCUUAGACACAAGCACCUGGCCCAGGUCCUGCAGAACAGAGUGGUGUCCUGAGCCAAGGCUUACCAACGCUCCCAGCUCCCCACAGAGGCUGCCUCACUCUCUCCCCUGGGGCCUCUCUGGAUGAGGAGUCCUUGGCCAGGGUCUCUGACUCUGUGUCAUCUGACAUCUGCCCAUCAGAGCUGCUGGGCCUUAGGGACACCUUGGUCUGGUUGGCCAGUUCUGAGGCAUAGGCUUCAGAGGUUUAGCAGAUACACACAGUGGCCUGCUCAUACUGCCCUUGGCCCACUCUGAAGGACACUGCUAGAGAGCCCCCAUACACACUGAUGGCUUCCUGCCCCCCUUGACCCGAUGGUGUCCUCUGGCCACAGUUGUAUGCUUGGCCAGUGCACCGGGUGAGCUGUAAGUGUUGGGGGGUUAAUGUCCCCAGGACUGAGCCUCCAUCAGUAAGGAACAGGAGUUGAUGAAUAAAGAGUUCAGCCUCAUUCUCCAUGAGUGGGACAAUUUUGAAGUGUACUCUGCAUAAUCUCUCAGAGCGUCCCCAGCAGGACAGAGUCCCAGUUGCACGCAGCAGUAACCCACUCAGUAACGAACUUCUUACUGGGUCCCUCCCUUCCCCACUUCCUCAUUGCGCUUCCAGUGAUC